CCACAAACGACCCAGCAGUGAGACUGAUUGGCGCCUGGCAUGCAGUAAGACCAACAGUUGGUAUUUAUAAUUAGCAGCUUGUCUUGAUUAUCAGAUUCCAUGAUAUUUCGGCUUCAAAAAUGACUGGAGUCUCUCAUUCUUUCUUUGACAUCCAACUCCUCGCAAUCACGGACUCUAUUGCCUCUGCUGUGUCUUCUAGAGGAGCAUUGAAAUACCCAGCCACGAGUCAUUAAUUAUGAAUAUCAAUUGCCCCAUCAUGUCCGAGAUGAACCAGAAUUUUUCGUCCCGACCUGUAAUCAUACUAGCAGCAUGCAACUCGCUUCAAACAUUGCAUUCCGACGUUCUUGUCUUGAUUUGUCAAUUGCUUUGCAUAACAUGUCCGCAGUCCCUCAAAGACUUGGGUAGGACAUGUCGACGACUACAUCAUUUCACGGUGGCAUUCGAAUACAGAAUUCUUCAUCUCAAUUCCAGACUUCUGAUUACCCCAAUGAGCCCAUCUCUGCAACGAUAUUGGGACAAUGUGCACUGCCACGCACGGCAUAUCUCAAUCUUGGAGAAUCUCGACUGGGAGAUAGCACUACCAUUACUCAGAGGCUGUCAAACAAUCUCUGUCAUCGACUGGGGAGUCUGGGGAGAACGUGACGGCUACCAAAGGCCAGAAACAUCUCGAAUUCCGAAGUUGCUUCAAGAUGUCUGGCCCCGGGCACAUCUCCGACUCAUGAAUUAUCCAUGGCCUAGCAAACUGCGAUAUAACAUGUACACGUACACAUUGCCCACAGAAAAUAUCGUUUAUAUCUCAACAAAAGCGAUGAAAAUCAGAAAGAGAGACUUCGGACCCCUUGGACAGGUUAUCUCGAACUCGCUCCAAUUGAAACUACUACAUCUGGAUUCAAUGCGAGGGGAUCAGUUGUGGACAGGCAGACGAACACCACCUAUCAGAGAGUUGAUGAUGUGGGACUGUACCUGGACGUUUACCAAAGAAGAGACCAACGCUGUGUGGGACUUCUCACAACUUCAGAUCUUGGAUAUUUCCGGUAUCGACUGUGCAAAGGAAUUCUUCAACUCGAUAUCAGGAGAUAGUUUGAAUGGUCUACGGAAGCUUGUUGUGACAGGCAAGCAUGAUGUGCGGUGGGGUGAAUGUUGCUCUGCUCAGCUGAACGACCUGAUUUCCAGAAGCCAUCUCUUGGAAGAGCUUGAGAUUGAUUGCGACUUGACUUUGAUGCUCAUUGAGUCUAUAUAUCGACAUGCUUAUCUGAACAAGUUGAAAAUACACGACUUCAGGGGUUUCGGUAAGGAUAAUAUUGUUUGCCCGACUUUGACAGUGGGGGCUUUGGAGGGCCUGCUGGCAACAUGCCCGAGGUUGAGGCACUUGUCACUAGAUCUGGAUUGGACAACGUGCAACGUCGAAGAGUUUCUACGAAUUCUAGCAAGAUUCCUAAAUCUGCAAUACCUCAACUUGAGGAUGCGAUCACGUCUACACGAACUUGGUGGAAACAGCACUUCCUUCGACACUGAUCUAGAAGCCGUGAAGCAACAUGUAUAUAUUUUAGGCUCGAAUAAGGAAGGACUUGGGAUGAUAACUAUAACAAUUCGCACCGCGGGGUACAAUGAGCUCACCGAUCGCAGGACUGCAGAGUGGGAUUUACAACGAAAGCAGGGGCAUAUACCUGAACGUUGCUUUGUGUUUUCUUGGUCGGAGGGCGGCUUGGGUCUGGUCGAGUUGUCGAACAGCCAGUAUCGGAAAGCAUGAAAGUGGCGGAGUGAGAAACCAAUGUCGGAUGUUGGCUACCUAGGUAGGCAGUCUCCCGUAGCAGCUCCAGCUUUACUUCACAACCAUUACCCCUUCAAGUUCUCAAUAGUCUCCUAAAUCAU